ACGCAGAAAAAACGCAGCUCCAGACCGGCACAUUAUGCAGAUGGCUGGCAUGGUACCAUCUGGUGUGCUAACAAUACCAGGGUCAAAGUGCCUCGACUUGACUUGAAGCACAGCACGUUAGGGUGGAAACCCAGCGUUCAUCGCGUCUGGCAGCUGUUCGCAGCCAAGCCGAGCGAAAACACACUGCAUGUCAUGGUGGUGGCCACGCUCAUCCCAGCUGGACGAGACACCUGCAGUCAAUUUCUCUGUGGCUCCGACACCGGAGAAAAUGUGCCAAAGCCGACACCAGAACCCGAGCCGACUACCGUCCCGGCUUAA